GUCACGCAAAACAUAAUGCAAACUCCUGGCUACUUGAAACUUCUUAAUGAAUUCGUAAUAUGGCUUGUGGCAGUAAACCCAAUUGCAAAAUACGCUCUCACAUUGAAUCCCAUAAAUUUAACUUUAGAAAUAUAUUAUCAUUCUAUUCCUCGGGUAGAGAGUUGGCUUAACUCGGGCCGUGGUCGUCGAUCAGGAUUACGUAUUAUCACGCGUAUAUUAGUGUCAUCAAUAGUCGUAUUUGUUGCAAUCAAACUUCCUGAAUUUGAAAGGGUUAUGGGUGUAUUAGGAAGUUUUUUUUCGUUCAUGAUCUCCGCUAUCUUCCCUUGUAUUUGCCAUUUAAAGUUAUAUGGACAUCAAUUAAGUUGGAAAGAGUGGUUGCUUAAUUGG